GAGAGCACUAUAGGCCAGAGUGGCAUUCUUCCCAGCCAGCCCCCCUCCGUUGCCAGCAAUGGGCUCGCCCAGAACUCCUGGGCUGUAGUUCUUCAGAACCUUCGCUUCUUAAGGACCCGAAGACUCUGGCCUCGCGGGAAAACUACAACCUCCAGCAUCCUUUGCGGGAGAAGGUCUGCGCUACGUGCAAAGCGCGGGGGGGAUUUUGUUAUUUGGCCAAAUAAAAACCUGUCGCGGAGCCCAGGAAGCCGUGUUUGCUGUUAUGGCCAGAAGGGCUUUAAAACUUGCAUCAUUUGCAACAGUAGCAGCCGCCGCCACCACUGGUUUCUGUCUGUACAGCAACAAGCACCUGGAUCCCAAUGACUUCGGAGUUGUUCGAGUGGGCAGAGCUGUUGCCACAACUGCAGUUAUCACCUUUGAUUACCUCACUUCUUUACGGAAUGUUCCACGUGGGACAGAAGAGUAUGACUAUGUCAAAUCACAGGUGCAUUUGCGUUCUGCAGAACGACUCCGGGACCUGUGCUGUGCAAACCGGGGCACUUUCAUCAAAGUAGGACAGCACCUGGGAGCUCUCGACUAUCUGCUGCCUGAAGAAUACACUAGCACGCUCAAGGUGCUCCACAGCCAAGCUCCGCAGAGCAGUAUGCAGGAGAUUGAGCAAGUGAUCCAGGAGGACCUAGGCAAAGGGAUUAAUGAGCUGUUUGUAAGUUUUGAAGAUUCCCCACUGGGAGCAGCAUCCCUGGCCCAAGUCCACAAGGCUGUGCUACAGGAUGGGAGGACAGUUGCUGUGAAAGUCCAGCACCCAAAGGUUCAAGCACAGAGUUCUAAGGAUAUUCUACUGAUGGAGAUCCUUGUCCUGGCAGUGAAGCAGAUCUUUCCAGACUUUGAGUUUAUGUGGCUAGUGGAAGAGGCAAAGAAAAACUUGCCUCUUGAGCUGGACUUCCUUAAUGAGGGAAGAAAUGCUGAGAAGGUGGCCCACAUGCUUCGAUGCUUUGACUUUCUGAAGGUUCCAAAGAUUCAUUGGGAGCUUUCAACAAGGCGUGUUCUCUUCAUGGAGUUCAUGGAAGGUGGGCAGGUGAAUGACAAGGUCUACAUGGAGAGAAACUGCAUCAAUGUCAAUGAGAUCUCUCGCAACCUGGGAAAAUUAUACAGUGAAAUGAUUUUUGUGAAUGGCUUUGUGCACUGUGACCCACACCCUGGCAAUGUGCUGGUGAGGAAGUGCCCAGCUACGGGCAAGACACACAUUAUACUCCUGGAUCAUGGACUCUAUCAGGUCCUGACAGACACUUUCCGCUUGGACUACUGUCGGCUUUGGCAGGCUCUGAUCAAGGCUGAUAUGAAACGGGUACAAAAAUAUAGCCAGCGACUGGGAGCUGGUGACCUGUACCCCCUCUUUGCGUGUAUGCUCACUGCCAGAUCUUGGGAAUCAGUCAACAGGGGUAUUGACAGGUCGCCAGUCACAGCUAAAGAGGAUGUGGAGAUCCGGAACAAUGCUGCUGCUUACCUACCUCAGAUCACCAAGCUUCUCAACAAUGUCCCUCGUCAGAUGCUCCUGCUGUUGAAGACCAACGAUUUACUGAGAGGGGUAGAAUCUGCAUUGCACACACGAGCCAGUGCCAGCUCCUUCCUCAACAUGUCUCGCUGCUGCAUAAGAGCUGUUUCCAUGUAUCAGAGGAGCAGGACGAACUCACCAUACAGAAAGGCACAGAUAUCGCUUUCUCAGGCCCUGAGCUUGUGGCAAAUCAACUUGUAUGAACUCUUCCUGCAUCUGAAAGGGUCCUGGCUGGGGAACUGGGUCAUUGCUUUCCUGAGCUGGAUGCACCGUUCUUCAUAGUGACACAGACCGGUGGGAGGAGCCGGGCUCAAUUUCUUUCUCAUCUUUUUUCAACUGUAACAUUCUGUUCAUAUUUAUUCUGCUGGAGUUUUCUGGGUUCAUUUUCAUGUAACAUAUGGUGCUGUCUUUGUUGCCUUUUGCAGAGUCACUGUCCCUGUGGUACAAAAAGGGGAAAGUGCAAAACAGCAGCCAGAGCUCAUGGGAGCCAGAAGUCCUGUGUUUCCAGACAUAGUUCAGGGAAGUAGUAACUUGGAGAGAAAGCAGAAAGACUCUCAGUUUUCAGGUCUUUGGACAUCCUCCAAAUGAAAUUCUAAAAGACUUUUAAAAUUCUAAACUUUUUGUAGGUCCAGGAUUGUUGAUUUUUUUUAAAAAAGUACAAUUAAGAAAAUAUAGUCUGGCUAUAAAGUUUGAUAGUGUAAAAAAAAAAAAAAAGCUGCAAAAGACCAGUAAGCCUCUAGCAACGCCCUACAAUAGCCUUCCCAUUUGCCAACAGUUUUCAUAAGCCUUAGCCAGCAUUGUCAAAGGGGUGAUGGUAAGAUACGAUCUGCAUGGUGCUUGAGUGGGAAAGAUUGCCCUAUGCACUUACUACAAAGUACUUCUAUUCAUCCUUCCUCACCUCUACUAAUUUAAAAAAACAAAAAACAAGAAAGCAACUGGGCAAAAGUCUGGAAUCCAUUAAUUCUGAAUGGUCACAGCUUGAACAAGUUAUCUUUUGGCCAUGCUGGCUUGUGGCUUCAAGGAGUUAAGAGUUCAAAAAAGUAAUUUUCCAAAGCUUCAUGAAUGAUACUCCCAGUUAUGACAUGUUUUGAAAGCAAGGAAUGGAACUGAAGAUAUUUGAAUUAUCUUCUCACAUCUGCCACAAGUUAACUACAAAGCUUUGGACCUUUGGGGAUAGUUUCUUUGCCUUGAAUGUCCAGUGAGUAAAAUGGAAGCAGAAAUGCCAGCCUGCUUUGGAAGUGUUCAGAGAGAAAAUACACUGUAGAAUGGCAACAUGUUAUUAUCUCAGAAUAAUUCAGAAGUCAAGUGUUGGUUAUGUAUAUGUGUAUUUGCAAGAGAAAAUAAAACAGAGUGUCCUCCGUGGGGUGGAAAAAGAAGUAUGUCUGCCUAUUUGCUUUUUUUGUUUUUCAGCAUUCUAUCUCCUGUAAGCAAACUGUCACUCCAUGGUGUUGACAGUGAAAUCAGAUCUCUUCAACUUCACAGAUGUGCAGAUGUAAGAGGCUGCUUUUGUGCCCAGACCACCUGGUGCUGAAUCACAUAUGUUUUCAGAAGCUAUUCAGUACUCUCUCAUACAUGAGCAGAUUUGGAGUAUGUCCACACUUUUCCCCAUUGUUGACUCUUAUUUGUUCACUAGUUUGUUUUAGAAAGAAUGCAGACAUUCCUCCUGAGAGAAUGAAUGAAUGACAAAACCCAGCAAGGACAGCACAAAGCCUCAUAUUCUCAUGCAGCUUAGCAUGCCAAAAUGUUAUAAACAGGGACCAUCUCUGUAUGAAAAGGCUCUGGCUAAUACAGAUUGGGGAAUGUGUGGCUCUCCAGAUGUUUUAGACUACAGCUUCCAUCGCGCCCAACUUACUUGGUUGAUAAUCAGGGUCAGAGACACUAGAAAUAAUAUGUUAGCAUCAUUUGAAGGGCUACAUAUUUCCCAGCCCCAUGCAAAUGUAUACUCUCAAGCCUAUGACCCAGAUCUUAUAGGGCACAUCCAACAACAGAACAGUUCAUCUGAAUAGAGACAGGGAGACCUUGCACACUACUUCAUUCUUCCAUCAUAAAAACCUGCUCUGGAAGACUGAGAAAUUCUCCAGAGCCCACAUCCAAGCAGUGUUGAGAGCUGCAGGAAGAGGGGAAAGGAGCAAAGCUCCAGUGUUGGAUUUUGGCCUUUACAUAAUAAAUUAUUUUAGGCAUAAUAGUAAAGCCCCAUUUUCUAUAGAAUCGGGUUGAUCAGUGGUUUUCAAACGUUACUCUUGUGACCCCGUUUACAUCUACAUGUGGACAUCCUGCUCCCACACUGAA